AGCCCCUAAGUGGUAGGUCACCACUGAGCAUGCGCAGAUCACUCUCAGUUUACACGAGUUUAUUUCCAGUAAAUUUCUAGGAGUCGGUUCAAGACAGUGUAAGCUAACAGUGGUCAAGCCUUGUGCCGAUACAACAAUUGUUUUCAUGGACUUUUCGAGUUAAAAUCUGAGUGGAAACGUCUCCGGAGCACCGAGGUUUGGAAUUUAGUGGUGACAUGUGAAAUGUUGCUGCGUGGUUUGUCGGUAUUUCCAGGCGAUGACGGACAGAUCAAGCCAGGCUAGUUUAGCUAACUAGCAGCUCGGCUAGCUUCGCCGCUGUCGGAUUGUGAUGUAGUGUAGACGCAGCGUUUCUUGCAGCUUUAUUUGUUUGUAAUUACCCGAUAAUAUCAUCUACAAUUUCCAAGUGUCACACAACAGGACUGUUUCAUGUACAGACAGGGUGACGGAACAACUUGGCUAUUGUUAGCUACUGUUAGCUACUAUGCUGCUUUAUAGCGCUGUGAUUUAGAGUCAGAGCUCCCUGAAGCUAGCGAAAGACUCUAGUCAGACAUUCAGUUCAUAUCAACCAAACCCCCGUCAAAACCUGGUGCUGAAGUACAGCGCUGAUGCACAUUGUAUUUUAGCUAGGAGUUCAUUCGUCACAAUAUCUUAACACUAGUACACUGUUAUGGCUGACAUGGCAGCCAGUGGAUACUCUGACCUGAGAGAGAAGCUCAAAUCCAUGACUCCACACAGAGACGAGUACAAAAAUAAAUACGUGCACAGUACGAGUAACGGUAGCAGGAAAGGUCGAAAGCGCAAGUACCGGGAGUCUGAAGACGCUGAAUACGAGCACAGUGAUGACAGUGCGGAGCUCCGGGAGCUGGAGGCCCAUCGUGUGAAGAGCAGCAUCCAGCAGGAGAGCAUCUUCACACCCGAGGAGUGCGCCCUCAUCGAAAAGAAGAUCGACGAGGUGGUUGCCAAAGCAGAAGCUGGACUUUAUCGUGAGCACACUGUGGACAGGGCUCCCCUCCGCAACAAGUACUUUUUCGGGGAGGGGUACACGUAUGGAGCCCAGCUGGAGAAGCGUGGACCGGGCCAGGAGCGGCUAUACCGUAAAGGAGAGGUGGAUGAUAUCCCUAGCUGGGUGCAUGAGCUGGUGAUAAAUCGUCUGGUGGCCCAUGGAGUGAUCCCAGAAGGGUUUGUCAACAGUGCGGUCAUCAAUGAUUAUCAACCUGGGGGCUGUAUUGUGUCACAUGUAGAUCCCCUGCACAUCUUUGCUCGGCCCAUUGUCUCAGUGUCCUUCUUCAGUGACAGCGCGCUCUGUUUUGGCUGCCGUUUCCAGUUCAAACCGAUCCGGGUGUCAGAGCCGGUGUUUGUCCUACCUGUGAGGAGAGGCAGCGUCACAGUACUCAGUGGCUAUGCUGCAGAUGACAUCACCCAUUGCAUCCGGCCCCAGGACAUCAAGGAGCGACGUGCAGUUAUCAUCCUCAGGCAGACCAGACCUGAUGCUCCUCGACUGGACUCUGGCAGCCCUUUAAGCUCCUCUCCUGCAGAGAGACCCGCUCCUCUGAAAGCCAAACGUUCUCAUCGCAAAGCAGAGCCUGAUGCUGCUCACAGGCUGAGGGUCCUAGAGAUGGAUAAAGAGGAGAACAGACAUCCUUCAUUUUCCCAUCACCAUCGUCACAGCAUCAGCUCCGAGAACUACUGGAGGCGCGGGCAAGACUACGACAAACACUGGGAAAGUUCAGGACGCAAAGUCAAAAUGAGACGCCACUGAGCACCUCUCACUUGUGUGUACACAUAAAUACAUCCUUUCUUUUAUGUAUUUCAGUAUUGUCACAUUCUUUGAUUAGAUCUAAUCUUUUUGCUCCUGUUUUAGUUUGGCACAAGGAGCACAGAUGUCUGCAUUUUGAUUUGAGUCCAGAUCACUUUUUUUUUUGUUGUUGUUUUUUGGCAAAGGAAACUUGCGUCUCUGCUGCACAUUACAGAACCUUGAUUUAGUUACUACAGCUAGGCUCUGUUGUUAAAUAGCUUAAUUACCUUAAAUGGAUCAUUUAUUGUUUCUAUGUUCAUAGAUACUUCAAAAUGGCAUGUAUUUUUUGUAACCAAGAUGUACAGACCUUAAGAGCUGAAAGGAAAAUGUGCGUAUGGACUUGUACAAAAGAAAACCUGCGCUGUAAUCUAACUUGUUAAAAUGUACAAUAUGUUUGUAUAGUCUUUAAUUGGGGGAACUUUUAUGCAGAAUGAAAGCUUUUUUUUCACACUUAGAUUUCUGAUUCAGAUCUUUGCUGUUUUUUGACUUCAACCUGUUGCAACAACUGGCAGAUGUGCAGCUUUCUGUGUUGUUUGUUUCAGCUCACGGUGGUGGAGGUCACAGUUUGGUGAAUCAACUAAACUAAUGCUUUAAGGAGUGAUGAAAAACUCAGGCCUUAUUUAUGCCUUUUUCAGCCUAAUGUUGGUUUACCUUAUAUAGUGAGAGGCCAUGUAGUUGCUCUUCUCUGUUAAAUCAGAAAUUUUCCUCGUUCAAGUUGGGUGAUGUUUGGGUAAGUCAGAACCUAAUUUGAGCAAAACCAACACUAUUAUGUCUAGUUUAACUUUGGUCUAAACAUGGCUCAGAAAAAUCUCCAUUUCUAGAUUAGUUUUUACAGUUUGCUGUGUAAACAGAUAACAUUUAUUUUUUGCUGUCAGUCAACCAUAUUUGGCAGAGGUAGAGAUUAGGCUGGAGUUACACAUGAAUAAAAAUAACCUUGGUUCAGUGGAGAAAUUACUUUCUAAAAACAGGAUGAGUAGUGUUCUUGUUUUUCUGAAGCCCUGCUUGGUUGUGGUCUUGAUCAUGUUAGCAAGGUUAAAAGUAAUAACCUGCAAGAGAAAAAUGCUGAAGUUUGUCUGAUGGCGAAUGGGACACCGACUUUGUAGACACACAGGUGGUACGCAAGGUGGCUUAAUGGGUGUCAGUAGUCAUAUUGAUAAAAAAAAAUGGUGCUGUCUCAAUGAAAUAAAACUGACAUUGUCUCCACAAAUUUGAUUUGCCAUUCCUUAAAGCACAGUUGUCCUUCCACCAAGCUGACAGUCGAAGGAUCAGGCUGAGGAACAACACAUUGGAGUGUUUCUUCUAUUGCCAGGAGCAACAUUUAGUCUCACAUCAGUUAAAGAACUGCUAAGACACAUUGCUAACAGAUACAGUGACUUCACCUGACCAGUGUAAGUUGUUUAUAUAGAAUAAGAAAGAUGAAAUAAUUUUGUAAGCUGUUUUAAAAGAUCAAGCUGUAUCAAAGGUUUGUUUCU